AUGAACAUUAUCGCUCUCGUCUGUUUUAUUCUCUCCUGCGCUCUCGCCCAAAAUACGACGACAACAGUAGUACCUUCAAAUUCAACAACCAGUGGUACGACAACGACAUCAAAGAGCACAACUUCGACAACUCUUCCUGAUACGACUGCCCCUGCAAACAGCACAACAACGACCCCAGGAAAUACAACCACAACACUUGCUCCAGACACGACUACCCCAUCAAAUGGUACAACGACUACGAUUCCUGUAACAACACCCUCAAACGCCACCACACCAACUGAAUCACCAACCCCAGCGCCAAAUCAAGGUGGUUUUUCAGGCUCCUCCUUUUUCGGCGGCAUGGUUUUCUCCGCGGCUCUGAUUGCUGCGGCUUUCUUUGGCUUGAAGUUUUACCGAGCGCGGAAUCCAGACUACAGAACACUAUCCGAUAAGAUACAAAUCGAUGGCAUCUUUUUCACAAAUCGUAAAAAUCACGAGAGCGUGAAGCGAUACAACGCUGCGAACUUGGACCUCGAAGCCUGCAUGGCUGAAGGGGACCUAAAAAUAGACACAGGUUCCGCUCUGUCAAUAUUAAGUCCCAACGGAUUAAACAAAGUACUGCAUCGCCAAUUAGGAUGA